AUGCAGAGGAAUGCUAAUUGUCUUAUUCUAAAGCUAUUCAAGGACAAGCCUUUGCCCACUACCGAAUAUGACUCCCUAUCGCAGCCGGCUUUGGUCAACCGGGCGGUGGCCAUGCACCUUCUACGAGAGGGGGCAUUUUCCACGGCAGACACGUUUCUAGCUGAAGUAUCGAGAACACAUGCAGAAUCAGAGUUAGAUACAGCCAUGGGACAAGCCGAACAACAGGCGUCCGAAUCUAUUCCAGACAUCGAAGGUCUACGGUCUGGUGAAAUCCGAAGCCAGUUCCUCCUCAUGCACGAGUUGCUCCAUGAACUCACAGAAAAUCGAAACCUUCUUCCCGCUAUUGAAUGGGCUCGGAACCAUCGCGAAGCCCUAUAUGUUCGAGGGAGUAACCUUGAAUUCGAACUUUGCCAACUUCAGUUUGUAUGGCUCUUUCAUGGAGGAGGUGAAGCCGGCAUUUCCGUACAAGAUGGAAGGCUAAAGGCGUUGGAAUACGCCAGACGCGAGUUCUCUGGCUUUCAGGGACGUUAUCUUCCGGAAAUUCAACAACUUUUGGGUGCCAUGGCUUUUGCGCCUAACCUUGGAGACUCUCCCUAUAACACCAUAUUUAACAAUCCCGAUUCCUGGGAUAGGGUUGCAACCUCCUUUAAAGGCGAAUUCUGCGCUUUACUAAACCUCUCAGCUGAAUCACCUUUAUACGUCGCUGCCACAGCAGGAGCAAUCGCUUUACCGACCCUUCUAAAACUCCAGACAAUCAUGAAAGAAAAGCGAACCGAAUGGACCAGCCAGAACGAACUACCGGUUGAAAUCCCUCUUCCACACUCAUACCAGUAUCAUUCUAUCUUUGUGUGUCCUGUAUCCAAGGAACAGACAACAGACGCAAACCCCCCGAUGCUAAUGCCAUGCGGACAUGUCAUUGCCCAUCAAUCACUCAUGAGAAUUAGUAAAGGCAACAAAUUUAAAUGCCCCUACUGUCCAACUGAAAGCCAUGCUAAAGAUGCUAGAAAGCUUCUCUUGUAA